AUGGGGACGACGAAACAGCCUCAGAUUCGAAUAAUCGUAUUGGAGAAGGGAGAAAACUUGACUAAUGUUAUUCGGCGACUUGAGAAAGGAGAUUUCGUUCGUUUCCAUCGUGGCGGAUCACUUUUGGGUGUUGAAGUACAGAUUCGAACCAGUCUAACUGGGGACGAACCGCUAAAAUGGACAAGCGGAACUAAUCACUUGGCGGUAUACUGCCAGGUAGAAUGUACCCGUGCCGGCUCGUUCAAAUACACUUUCACGGCCGAUGAUGAGGAAGCUGGCAGUGGCUAUUUCUUGGUCAUGCCAGGGUUGACCGUGAAUGGAAAGCGUCUUCCAUUGGACGGUAUCACAUGCCAAACUCAUCUCACAAAACUGUUAGGUAGCUUUUCGAAUUGGGAAGAUCGACUUCGUGUUGCUAAGGAAAGCGGCUAUAAUAUGAUCCAUCUGACCCCAAUUCAUGAACUGGGAAUUUCUAACAGUAGCUAUUCUCUUAGCAGUCAUCAUGCUCUCAUCCAAACUAUCCACGAGGACAACCAUCAGGUCACGUUCGAUGAUGUGGAAAGAUUUGUACAAAAAAUCGAAAAGGAAUGGAAUAUGUUGACCGUGCAGGAUGUUGUGUGGAAUCAUGCAGCGAAAAACGCCCAAUGGCUUCAGGAACAUCCGGAAUGUGCUUACAACUGCUCAAACUCUCCUCAUUUGAGACCUGCUUUUAUCGUCGACAGGGUCUAUCAUCAUUUCGGACGUGAAGUUGGUGAAGGGAAAUGGAUUUCUCGUGGGAUACCCGAAGUUGUCGAUAACAUUCAUCAUUGCAAUGCAAUUGAAUAUAUUCUUCGUACAGAAGUGUUGCCAAAAAUCCGUCUGCAUGAAUUUUUCCAAGUUGACGCCUAUGAAUUGGUAACAUCCAUUUUUGCAGGAGGUCCUACAUCAGAACCUCUUGAUGAGGUCUUACAAAUAGCCCAAGAUCCGGAAUAUCGACGAUUCGGAUCGUCUGUCGAUUGGAACAAAGCGAUGCGAAUUUUCAAUAGACAUAGGGACGAUGCCACAUCCGAAGAUGACCGUUUGGAAAAAUGUUCAUCGGCAUUCAGGGAUCAUCUGCAUUACUUGAAUGGCGAAGGAAGCAUGGGAAAUCGUUAUGUCGGGACUUCGUGCUAUGAUGGGCCAUAUUCACUAUCAACGACUGAAGAGGAAUGGUUUGCAUACGAUCAGGACAAGUCUCGUUUUCUGAUGGCUUUCAAUGGAUGGGUAAUGAGUAGCAAUCCGUUGAAAAACUUCGCUCUGCCGGAUUCACAGGUGUACCUGCGACGUGAACUUGUCUGCUGGGGAGAUUCGAUCAAACUGAAUUACCGGGAUAAACCGGAAGAUUGCCCAUUCUUGUGGCAAUAUAUGAAGGAAUAUACGGAGAAAUGUGCUCGUAUGUUCCAUGGGCUUCGUAUC